AUCAUUUAUGUUCCGUUUUGAAUCUUGAAAUGAAAGUUAUUAUUUUGCUGGCUCUCUUCAGCCAGAUUAUCCUGGAAAUUGUUGCCUAUGAGCAUAAAAUCGCUCACAGGAAAUGUGGCGAGAACACUUUCCCAGAUUGUUAUUCAUAUUGUAACAAAGGAUGCAAGGAUAACCCAGUCGACUGCAUUCAUUACUGCGAGAAAGGAUGUGGAUGCAUCGAAGGCUCAAUAGUGAGAAACAAUGGAGGAUGCCGAAGAAUAAAGAUUUGCGACAAGGAUGAUGAUUCCCUAUCCGUUGAAAAUAACGAGUUGGCUGAAAAAUACGUAACAUCUUAUUGGGAGGACCCGGUAAAUAGUAAUGAAAAUGAAAAUCAAGCCCAAACGUUAGAUGGUUUGGAUGAAAACAAAUCGGGUGAGAUAAAAAGCAUGGAACAGCCGAAUGAAGUGCCGCCGGAGAGUCCUUCGGAGGAUGCUCCCAAUGAUCCCAAGCCACCAGUAGAUGCAGUGUAAAGUGUGUAAAUCCAAAUACAGUUUCUACUCUGCUUUAAGAUUGUAACUUCCUUCCUUUUUUUAACUUGAAAUAAGAACAAUAAUAAACGAAAAUGAAUUUUUUUUUGUGUAACAGUAUCUUAAAUGUAUAUACGAAUUAUUUUUAUUAAUCAAAAAUAAACAAGUUUGUGGAUACAGCAAUUAAUGAAAGUAAAUUGAACUUAUUCAAUUGUAAUUAAGAAAAGCGACUUACUCUAAUUGAGCCACCGCAGGCUUUUCCAUUACUUAAACUAAUAGCUUCCCAUUCUAAUAAAUAUUGCUUAUGGGUAAAU